AUGGCUAGAAAGAAGUCAGCGGCCAAGAAAGCAAGAGAAGCGGCACUCCAAAAUGAAAUCGGAUCAGUCACUACUAAGAACAAUAAUAGUACUGGUGUUUCCAAGGCCCAAAAAAGCUUUAUAAAUGAUGAAAGGAAACAAUUAAUCGAGUCAACUAAAUCCAAAUCGAAACAAGAACCAGAUAACUUAAACUCUAAUGACAAUGAUAAGGAAGAGGAAGAAGAGGGUGAGGAUGAAGAAGAGGAAGAAGAAGACGAGUAUGGUGACUUAAUUACAGAUGAGGUGGACUUGCAAAUUAAUAAAGUUCUUGAAACAAUUAAAACUGAUCCUGCAAAACUUUUAGAUCCUCAAGUUGAAUUUUUCAAAGAUCCCGAAACUUUGGAUGUGGCAUUGGUUAAAAAACGUAGUGAAAAGCCAAUGUAUUUGAAAGAUUAUCAUAGACAAAAUUUGUUAGAUGGAACGUAUAAAGAAUUUGAUGAGAGUGAAACUGUUGAUGGAGGAAAAUCAUUUGCUGUUGAGCAGAGGGAAGAGCGAAAUAAAUUAUUGGAUGAUAUUAAAAACGCCUUUAAUGGUGAAAACAACCAGGAGGGUGAAGGAGAUGAUGAUGACGAUGAUGAUGGAUUUGUCAAGAAGAAGAGCAUCACGGAUGUCGACAACCAAGAGAGUAAGAGUUUACGAAAUUUACCUGAUCCCGAAAAAGACCAACAAGCAUUUUUAUCAGCUUUUCUCGAUCAAAAAGCAUGGAUUCCUCAAAAGGGCGAUAAAGUUAUCAAUUUGGACAAGAUUGAUCAGGAAGAUGAUGAAGAAUUUGACGAUGCAGCUGAGAAAUUUGAGACUGCAUUUAAUUUUCGAUAUGAAGAUCCCAAUUCGACUGAAAUCAUUUCUUAUGCAAGAAAUCAAGCAACUUUGAGAAGAUCAAAAACCAAUGCACGAAAACGGAAUAGAGAUAAACUAAGUGAGGUGAAGCGCAAAGAAGAAGAAGAAAAAGAGAGGUUAUUGAAGAAGAAGAAAACCGCUAAAUUAAAUAAGGUCAUUGAUAGAUUGGUGCAGAUUAAGGAAGCAGUAGGUGCUGAUGUACCUGAUGAGGUUAUCGAGAAAGUUUUUGGUGACUCUUUGUUGAAUGAUGAUUUUGAUGAUACUGAUUGGGAUAAUAAAAUGGCACAGAUAUUUAAUGAGCAGUAUUAUGAUGCUGAAGUGGAAAAACCUACAUGGGAUGAUGAUAUAAUGGAGGAAGAGGAAGAGGAAGAGGAAGAUGGAGAGGAAAAGGAAGACGGAGAGGAAAAGGAGGUAGAAGAAGAAGAGAAUGAAGAAGACGGAGAGGAAAAGGAGGUAGAGUUGGAGGUAAACUUAGAAGACGAACUUAAUGAGGAACCACUGAAAAGGAAAUCAAAAAAGGAACAGUUGAAAGAAAAGAAAGCUGCCGAGAAACAAAGAGAAGCCCUCAAGAAUAAAGCACAAGAGAUUAUCGACAAGAACAUACUUCAACUAAAGGACGAAGUUGAAGAUGAAGUUAAAAAUCGUGGACGAACAAAAAAUAGAGACACAGAGGUAAAAUUCAAAUAUAGAGAGGUGUCACCUGAAACAUUUGGAUUAACAACACGAGAUAUCUUACUAGCCGAUGAUAAGCAAUUGAAUAGUUUUAUUGGAAUCAAGAAAUUCGCACCAUACAGACCAAAAGAAUUGAGAAUAAAGGAUAAGCGGAAAUAUACCAAGAAGAAACAUCUACAAGAGUGGAGAAAAGAAACGUUUGGAGGAAUACAGAUGCCUGAGGGGGCAAAAGAUGAUGAAAUUUGGAUUCCUGGAGAAGAAAUUCCGCUGGAGAAAAAUAAUAAGCAUAAGAAGAAGAAGCACCAUGGUAAAGCUAAAGUAUAA